CCGUGCUAGAGGAUGAUCAUGUAUGAGUUUUCGAGGGAUUGAACGGGCGAGGUCGCUCAGAUUUCUGUUCAUUGAUCUGUAAAUCAUAGAGUAAAAAUCAGUUCGUAAAAUAUUGCUGUCAAAAUGAAGAACAGCAUAGGAAAGUUUUUCAUUACUGUCGGGUUAAUAUCUUUAAUACAUUCUGCAUAUUCUGCUGCUCAGCAUCGAUCAUAUUUGCGACUUACUGAGCAGGGCUUUGAUUAUUUACCAAUUGAUAUAAUUGCACAAACUAUAUUGAGCCUUUUGGUGACAAUUUGGGGAGUAACAUUUAUAGCUGGAGAUUUUAAAGAAAUAAGAGCUACUACAGAGUUAGAGAACAAGUCGUUUGAAGCUGUUGGAAACAGACCAUCAUUUUAUACAUUUAGUCACAGAGGAAGAGUUUUAAGUUCUGUAUAUUGUCAAGGACAUCUGUAACUUUAUUUAUUUCAUAAAUGUAAAAAUAUAUGUUAUAUUUCCUUCAGCUACAAUAAAUAUAAAAUAAUUAA